AUGGCCUUGGAGGUGUGCCUGUCUCCUGACGCGCUCGGCAAGCUAAUCGCCGACGAGGAGUUCAUAGAGGCAGGCACGGGCCUCAGGAUGCAAUCUUUGGUCCGGAAUGUCUGCCGAGCCGGAAGCCGUGGAGCUGCAGCGAGGCUCCUGGAGCUUGCCGCUGCUCCCGUAGCCGCGGUUCAGCCGGGGGUGGCGCAGCCAUCCUCGGCCGUCAAACACCUCAGGCAGCCGUACGGGUUCGCUCGUCCGACCGGGAUAGAUCAAUCCGUGCGUGUGCAGAGCCGGGCCCUUCCUGCCGCCGCCGCCUCCGGUUUCGGUCUCUGCGCAAAAGUUCUCGGUGCGACGAGGGGUUUGUCGACUGUGGGGAAUGCGGCUGAGUUUGCUUCUGAUUCUGACGAUUCCACCUCUCCUGCGGUUGAGCACCCUCCACGCAUCAAGUUCAAGAGGCCUGAUAAGACCGCCAGGCACAUUAUGAAUAUCCUGAACAAAGAGGCAGUCGAAAAGGUCCGCUCGGAGAGGGAGAUUCCUGAUGUACAGCCUGGAUGUAUGAUUCAGAUGAGAUUGCAAGUUCCUGAGAACAAACGGCGCGAAUUGACAUUGAGAGGGAUUGUACUGGGAAGGCGCAAUGCUGGGAUCAAUACAACCUUCAGAUUGCGUAGAUUAGUGGCUGGCGUUGGAGUCGAGUCUGUCUUUCCACUCUACUCGCCAAACAUCAAAGAAAUCAAGAUCUUGGACAGGAAGAAAGUCAGGAGAGCCAAGCUGUAUUACCUGAGGGACAGGGUGAACGCACUUAAAAAAUGA